UCUCCACCUGUUCCCUCACCUCCCUCAUGGAUACUUAUUGUCUGCGUCUCCCUUUGUCCUGUGCCAGUGUGUCUUGUAGUCGUGCAUGUCCACACCCGCGUUCGUGUUAGUUUGUGAAAGAAUCUUUGCAUAUGGUAUUAUUAGAUAUAGGAAUAAUUGGAUGAUUGUACUACUGGAUUAUUGGAAUAAAUCUCUAGCAGUCAAACCUCUCUGCUCCGGCCUCAUUGACAGUCCAUAAUACACAACGAGGAUGAAAGGCUACAUUUUUCUUGUUGUGAACUUGGCACUUUCAUCAACAUUCUCCCAAAAACAACAACAACAAAAUGGAAUGGAGAUGGUGGAUAUUGGUGAAGACCAGGACAUUACCGAGGCAAACAGGGAUUUAUUAUAUGAUGAUAUUCUGGAGAGACCGAACACCCAAAGGAGUGCAAUCAUUGAUGAGAGACGACUGUGGACAUCCCCAGUACCGUAUCUCCUGGAUAAUGACCUGGAGAUGAACGCUAAGGGCGUCAUCCUGAAAGCUUUAGACCAGUUCAGACUGAAGACUUGUAUCGACUUCAAACCGAGGGACUCGGAAGAAAUUUACAUCUCUGUCCAAAAGUUAGACGGAUGUUUUUCAUAUAUUGGGCGAAACACUCAACCUGGAGGACAAAAUCUUUCCAUCGGGGCAUUCUGUGAUCACGUUGCCAUCGUUGAACAUGAGUUCCUUCAUGCUUUUGGCUUCUACCAUGAGCAAUCCAGAAAUGACAGAGAUGAUUAUGUGACCAUCCUAUUCGAGAACAUCCAACCAGGUAAGGAGCCCAACUUUAAAAUUAGCAACGAAAUCACCACCACCCACGGAGUCCCGUACGACUACUCGUCAGUGAUGCACUACGACAAAAAUACAUUCAGCAAAGGAACCGGGCCAACAAUUAUCACCAAAGACCCCAAAUUUCAGAAUGUUAUUGGUCAAAGACGGGAAGUGAGUCCCAGUGACGUUUUGGAGCUGAACCUUCUCUACAAAUGCAACACAACAAUUGCAUCAAAGAUGUACUGUGAUUUCUCUAAUGGGUCCAUGUGUGAAAUGAAUCAAUGCUCAAAGGGGGGCAGCAGCUGGGAAAUGGUGACGAAUGUUGUCGCUGGUCCAAAGUCCGACCACACCAAUCUACCAAGUGGAGGGGAUUCUGGUGGUGAUACGGGUUACUUCAUGUAUGCUAGCACAGCAUCAGCUCAAGAAGGGGACUCGGCCUGGCUACAAACCCAGGAGAUGAGACCCAAUAGGAAAUGUCACGUCCAGUGUCUCCAGUUCUACUAUUAUCACAGUGGAAACGGAUCAGACCAACUCAACAUCUGGAUCAGAGAGUUUCAAGAUAAACAGGACUCCUCAGGAACACGCCGCCUUAUGGGACAGAUCACUGGUUCACCAACAUCGUACUGGCAGCUCAAGCAUGUUUCCCUCAAUGCCACCAAGACCUUCAAAGUGGAGUUUGAGGUUCGUAAAGGAGCAGGAGACUCUUCAGGUGGCUUCUUAAUCGACAACAUCAAUCUGUCCGAGAUCGAAUGUCCACACGUGACCAUGCAGAUUGAUGAUUUUGAGAACAUUUUGAAGACUAGACAGAUUCUGGCCAGUCCACGGCACUACUCCAGUGGAGGCUAUGCUUACAGGUUUCUGAUUCAGCCGAACAAUGGAACCGUCGGCGUGUUUAUGCAGCUCUUGUCUGGUGAAAAUGAUGACAAGCUGGUGUGGCCUUGCCAACAAAGGCAGGUGACCUUCAAAAUUCUGGAUCAGAAACCAAAUUUGCAGCUGCAGAUGUCAAAGCAACGGAGCUACACCACUGACUUAAGGCAAAUCAGUAAUGGUACCUAUUUAUGGGGCAAUCCUCGUGAGAGGGGAAAUCAAAUUGUAGAUGCCUAUGGUGAGACCUUUUUUGCCGGAACAGCGUAUGGUUUCGGUGGUUUUACUGAUUCCGAAGAGAUCAAAUCCAGUGACUUCCUCAAGGGAGGGAGUGCUGUUUUUUCCUUCAGCUUCCAAGAUCUCUCUCCUCUUGUUCAAGGAAAUACUUUACCAUGUCCUAAAGUGGAAACAGUGGUCAUCAAACAUGCUCCUGGAGAUAAUGGCACAUGCUCAUCUCGAUUCCUAACUACUCGUCCACCCACUACCACUACCAGUCCACCACCUACCCGUCCAUCUACUGCCACUACCAGUCAAGCACCUACCCGUCCACCUACUACCACUACCAGUCCACCACCUACCCGUCCAUCUACUGCCACUACCAGUCAAGCACCUACCCGUCCACCUACUACCACUACCAUGACGGAUCACAAGGCACUGGAAAUCAUAUGGAACAAUCCCAAGUCCAAACCACCUGCCAGGAUCGAGAGAUGGGGACUGAGGCUUCAGCCUUACGACUUCAAGGUUGAAUACAGGAAGGGGGCUGACAACCCAGCUGACUACAUGUCUCGGCAUCCCAUGUUGUCUGAGACAGUGACCAGUUCUCCCAGUUCGCAGAUCAUCUAG